GAAUUUAGUAAGGGAGGGAGUAGUAAAUUUAGAUGGAUGGAUGGUAAGUCGUUAUAAUGACUAAACUUUGUACAAUAUUUUCAGCUUGACCUGUUCAACAAUUCAGAGCCUACAAUAAUUACGUAGAAGAUGGUAAGAUGGACUAUCUAGGUAGACUGAAUUAAAAUAAUUGUAUGGGUUGCUUCGAAAUCAAUUAGUAUGCUGUAAACAAUAAAUUAGACCUGUUCCAUUUGUUUUUAAUAUCUUUGAAGAGAAGUAGUUGAAUUAAGUUGUCAUAAAUUUACUAGGUCCCAGAACAAAUGACAUUUCUUCCUGGUUGACACAUUUUCUUGGUAUGAAUUUUAUUUCGGAACGAGUCUCUUUCUCGACGUAUAUAAACAUGUCUCCUUAUGCUAGAAAUUUAUAUGCAUUAUUUGAUGAAGGCAAAGAUGAUGUUCCUUGUGUUGUUGUUAGUGGCUUUACGGGUAUCGACGGCCGAUGUACUAUCUGAUAAUUGUCGUAAUAAAUGUGGAGAUGUUGAUGUUCCAUAUCCAUUUGGAAUCAACUUCACUUCUGGGAUCAAGAACGAGCCUACUUGCAGCUUAAACAAUUUCUUUAUGUUUACCUGUAAUACCAGUUUCAGUCCUCCUCGACUAAUGUUCGGCAGAAACAUGCCUAUUCACAACAUAUCAGUUGAGGAAGGCGCAAUCUCUGUACAAAUCGACGCAGCAUUCAGAUGUUACAACCGGACAGGGCUACGAAGGGGAUUCGCCCAGUCUAUCACCCUGGGAGGAGGGCCCUUCAGGUUCUCUGAUUCACGAAAUAAGCUCACCACUAUCGGGUGUGAUACGUUAGCUUUGAUGAAAGAUAAAGAAGCCACUUUCGGUAGCGGCUGCAUAUCGUUUUGCAGUAGUAAUAUUACUCUAGAGGGCUCCUGCUCUGGUUUUGGAUGCUGCCAAACUCCAAUACCUCAAAGUCUUAAGACGUUAAAUAUUGAUCUUCGAAGUCCGAACAAUCACAGCGAUGUUUUGCUUUUCAAUCCAUGUGAAUUUGCAUUUCUAGCAGAUGAAAGGACUUUCAAUGUUUCCAAGCUUCAGCUUUCUGCUCAGCCAGUCCAACCUGUAAAAUCUGAUGUUGUGAUUGAAUGGGUGGUAAGAGAGGAGACCUGUGAGGUAGCACAGUCCGGUUCCCAAUAUGCGUGUGCUGCUAAUUCUUACUGCGUCUACUCGUACAACGGAAAUGGAUAUCGUUGCAUAUGCAAAGAUGGAUUCACAGGAAAUCCAUAUCUCCCUCAAGGAUGUCAAGAUAUUGAUGAGUGCAAGGAACCAGAAAAGUACAAAUGCGAUGGUAAUUGCAAAAACACAAUUGGAAACUACACAUGCCAGUGUCCUCUUGGGAUGCGCGGUGAUGCUAAAGUUGGUUGUCGAGGAAUGAACAUCACAGCUAUUGCAGCAAUUGUUGGAUCGGCUUUGUCCGUUGUGAUUAUGGCUGUGUUGGUCAUCAUCAUCUACAAGAGAAGAACAAAGGAGAAGAACUUCUUAGAGAAUGGAGGUUUGUUGUUAAAGCAUCAACGAGUAAGACUUUUUAGUGAAGCAGAGUUGGCAAAGGCAACCAAGAAUUAUGAUGCAACUCAGCUUCUGGGCGAAGGAGGUUUUGGAUAUGUUUACAGAGGUACUUUAGCAGAUAAUACACAGAUUGCGGUCAAGAAGCCAAAAGAUAUCGACAAGGCCCAAAUAAAUCAAGAGUAUCAACACGAAAUAGGGAUCGUUUCACAGGUCAAUCACAAGAAUGUGGUGAAGAUAUUGGGGUUAUGUUUGGAAACUAAAGUUCCUCUGUUAGUUUAUGAGUUCAUUUCCAACGGAACUCUUUUUCAUCACAUCCAUCACAACAAAGCUCCAAUCCUGGCAAACUGGCGAAACCGUUUGAGCAUAGCUGUAGAGACUGCACUUGCACUUGACUAUCUGCACUCUUUAGCAGACCCGCCCAUUAUUCACGGAGAUGUCAAGUCUUCAAACAUACUUUUAGACGAUACUUACACUGCCAAAGUAUCUGAUUUCGGCGCAUCAGUGCUAAUUUCUUCGGGACAGUCUGAUAUUGGUGCAAAAAUUCAAGGGACUUUUGGGUAUUUGGAUCCUGAGUAUCUUAUGACAGGUAAUUUAACAGAAAAAAGCGAUGUAUAUAGCUUCGGAGUUGUCCUUGUCGAACUCUUAACAGGGGAGAAACCCAACUCUAGUGCAAGAUCAGGAGAGCACGUCAUUCAGUACUUCCUUUCAUCUUUGGAAAAUCGUAAACUUAAGGAAAUACUUUGUUUCGGUGUUACUAAUGAACAACAAAUGGAAGAGAUUGAAGUUUUUGCAGAGAUUGCGAAACAAUGCCUGCGUAGCUGUGGUGUGAAAAGGCCGAGUAUGAAGCAAGUGGCCGAGGAACUUGGCAGGUUGAAGAGGCUGAACGAUAGCAGUUGGAAUGAUGAUGAUCAAACUUGCCAAGAAACUCACCACUUGUUAGCUCAAUCGCCUUACUGCUCUAUUGACAUGGGAACUUCGGAAUCCAAGCAACAUGAAAUCCUUAGUUUAAGAACGUUUGAACUCGAGUAUUCUACUGAUAGUAUAUAAGUAGGUGUUUACUUUUAUUCUGUCUUGGAAAAUCUAUAGGCUUAAAUAUUUUUGUGAUUAGUGAACUAUAUAAGAUUCUUGCAAGCGCUUAUUAACAUUGUCGUUUGCUAUAUUUUAGUUAUUCAACUACUAUUAUUUUAUAGCAACAGAAGGUUAUUGGAUCAUUUUAGAUCAAUUUUUGUCUAUAUAGAAGAAAGAAAAAAAAUGCCUCCAUUGUGUUCAAAAAAUCGAGUUACAGCAACUCAUCAUGAAGACAGUUACAAAAAAAUUGCCAUCAUCAGAACUUUGAUAGUUGCAAAUUGGAGAAAUAAAUUAUCACCAAAUUGCUGGCUAAGGAUAUACAUGCAUACAAUGUAUUUCUCUAAUAAAUACUAAGAUCGUCGAUUUGAAUCUUGCACUGCACUGCCUCCUAAAUUCGAGCAAACUAUCUACCAAUUUGAUAGAUUAGCAUCUACAAAAGCUUCAGUCCGCCUGUCACGUCAUCAACCACUUCAACAGGACC